GAAAAACAAAAAGAGAGAAACAACACCCAACAACCAGGAGUGGGGGGGAAGAAAGAAAGAAAAGAAACCCACCCACCCAUCAAAAAAAAAAAAAAAAAAAAAAAAAAAUCCUGUGGCGCGCCGCCUGGUUCCCGGGAAGACUCGCCAGCACCAGGGGGUGGGGGAGUGCGAGCUGAAAGCUGCUGGAGAGUGAGCAGCCCUAGCAGGGAUGGACAUGAUGAUGUUGGUGCAGGGUGCUUGUUGCUCGAACCAGUGGCUGGCGGCGGUGCUCCUCAGCCUGUGCUGCCUGCUACCCUCCUGCCUCCCGGCUGGACAGAGUGUGGACUUCCCCUGGGCUGCCGUGGACAACAUGAUGGUCAGAAAAGGGGACACGGCGGUGCUUAGGUGCUUUUUGGAAGAUGGAGCUUCAAAGGGUGCCUGGCUGAACCGGUCAAGUAUUAUUUUUGCGGGAGGUGAUAAGUGGUCAGUGGAUCCUCGAGUUUCAAUUUCAACAUUGAAUAAAAGGGACUACAGCCUCCAGAUACAGAAUGUAGAUGUGACAGAUGAUGGCCCAUACACGUGUUCUGUUCAGACUCAACAUACACCCAGAACAAUGCAGGUGCAUCUAACUGUGCAAGUUCCUCCUAAGAUAUAUGACAUCUCAAGUGAUAUGACCAUCAAUGAAGGAACCAACGUCACUCUUACUUGUUUGGCCACUGGGAAACCAGAGCCUUCCAUUUCUUGGCGACACAUCUCCCCAUCAGCAAAACCAUUUGAAAAUGGACAAUAUUUGGACAUUUAUGGAAUUACAAGGGACCAGGCUGGGGAAUAUGAAUGCAGUGCGGAAAAUGAUGUGUCAUUCCCAGAUGUGAGGAAAGUAAAAGUUGUUGUCAACUUUGCUCCUACUAUUCAGGAAAUUAAAUCUGGCACCGUGACCCCAGGACGCAGUGGCCUGAUAAGAUGCGAAGGUGCAGGUGUGCCACCUCCAGCCUUUGAAUGGUACAAAGGAGAGAAGAAGCUCUUCAAUGGCCAACAAGGAAUUAUUAUUCAAAAUUUUAGCACAAGGUCCAUUCUCACUGUUACCAAUGUGACACAGGAGCACUUCGGCAAUUAUACUUGUGUGGCUGCCAACAAGCUAGGCACAACCAAUGCGAGCCUGCCUCUCAACCCUCCAAGUACAGCCCAGUAUGGAAUUACCGGGAACGCUGAUGUUCUUUUCUCCUGCUGGUACCUUGUGUUGACACUGUCCUCUUUCACCAGCAUAUUCUACCUGAAGAAUGCCAUUCUACAAUAAAUUUAAAGACCCAUAAAAGGCUUUUAAGGAUUCUCUGAAAGUGCUGAUGGCUGAAUCCAAUCUGGUACAGUUUGUUAAAAGCAGCGUGGGAUAUAAUCAGCAGUGCUUACAUGGGGAUGAUCGCCUUCUGUAGAAUUGCUCAUUAUGUAAAUACUUUAAUUCUACUCUUUUUUGAUUAGCUACAUUACCUUGUGAAGCAGUACACAUUGUCCUUUUUUUAAGAUGUGAAAGCUCUGAAAUUACUUUUAGAGGAUAUUAAUUGUGAUUUCAUGUUUGUAAUCUACAACUUUUCAAAAGCAUUCAGUCAUGGUCUGCUAGGUUGCAGGCUGUAGUUUACAAAAACGAAUAUUGCAGUGAAUAUGUGAUUCUUUAAGGCUGCAAUACAAGCAUUCAGUUCCCUGUUUCAAUAAGAGUCAAUCCACAUUUACAAAGAUGCAUUUUUUCGUUUUUGAUAAAAAAGCAAAUAAUAUUGCCUUCAGAUUAUUUCUUCAAAAUAUAACACAUAUCUAGAUUUUUCUGCUCGCAUGAUAUUCAGGUUUCAGGAAUGAGCCUUGUAAUAUAACUGGCUGUGCAGCUCUGCUUCUCUUUCCUGUAAGUUCAGCAUGGGUGUGCCUUCAUAAAAUAAUAUUUUUCUCUUCGUCUCCAACUAAUAUAAAAUGUUUUGCUAAAUCUUACAAUUUGAAAGCAAAAAUAAACCAGAAUGAUAGUUAAACCAUACACUAUCUCUAAGUAAUGAAGGAAGGAGCUAUUGGACUGUAAAAAUCUCUUCCUGCACUGACAGUGGGGUUUGUGAAUUUUGCCCCACACUAACUCAGUUCUUGUGAUGAGAAACAAUUUAAUAACAGUAUAGUAAAUAUACCAUGUGAUUUCUUUAGUUGUAGCUAAAUGUUAGAUCCACCGUGGGAAACCAUUUCCUUUAAAAAGACAGCACAGUCCAUUCAAAGGAUUGCCUAGCAAUACAGCGUCUUUUCCUUUCACUAUUCCAAGCCAAAAAUUUUAAGAUGAUUUGUCAGAAAGGGCACAAAGUCCUAUCACCUAAUACUACAUGAGUUGGUAAGCACUCAUCAUUAAUUUUGUUUUGUGGCAGCUAAGUUAGUAUGACAGAGGCAGUGCUCCUGUGGACAGGAGCAUUUUGCAUAUUUUCCAUCUGAAAAUAUCACUCGGUUGAUAGUCUGGAAUGCAUGUUAUAUAUUUUAAAAGUUCCAAAAUAUAUUAUAACAGACAUUCUAUAUUGGUAUGUAGCAGACCAAUCUCUAAAAUAGGUAAUUCUUCAAUAAAAUCUUUCUAUAUAGCCAUUUCAGCUCAAACAAGUAAAACCAAAAAAGACCAUCCCUUAUUUUUUCUUACAUGAUAUAUGUAAGAUGUGAUCAAAUAAAGACAAAACACCAAUGAUGAGAAUAUCUUAAGAUAUACUAAUUAUCAAAAUAUUGUGAAUGUUAAAUUAUUUCUACUAUAAAUAAUGAAAACUACAUUUUGAAGGAAAAUGCUGUUACUCUAAACAUUAAAUUGCAGGAAUAGUUUGAUGGUUUCACUCUUUACUAAAGAAAGACCAUCACCUUGAAAGCCAUUUUACGGGUUUGAUGAAGUUACCAAUUUCAGUACACCUAGAUUUCUACAAAUAGUCCCCUUUUAUAAGUCAUAACAACAAAGAUCCUACAAUAAAAUUAGAGACAAGAAAUUUUGCAGUGGUUAUACAUAUUUGAGAUAUCUAGUAUGUUGCCCUAGCAGGGAUGGCUUAAAAACUGUGAUUAUUUUUUUCUUCAAGUUAAACUUAGUCCCAAAGUACACCAUAAAUCAAUUUUAAUUAGAAAAGUGAAUCUUAAAUGAGGGGACAUAGUAUACUCUUUCCACAAAAUCGCAAUCAUAAGGCAUAAAGCUAGUAAAUCUACUAACUAUAAUAAAUGUAUGACAUUAUUUUGAUUGAUACAUUAAAAAAGUUUUUAGAACAAAUAUGGCAUUUAACUUUAUUAUUUAUUUGCUUUUAAAAAAUAUUCUUUGUGGAAUUGGUGAAUAAACUACAAAAUAUUAUUUUGUAUUGCAGCUUUAAAGUGGCACACUCCAUAAUAAUCUACUUACUAGAAAUAGUGGUGCUACCACAGAAAAUGUUAACCAUCAGUACCAUUGUUUGGGAGAAAGAAACAGAUCAAGAAUGCAUAUUAUUCAGUGACCGCUUUCCUAGAGUUAAAAUACCUCCUCUUUGUAAGGUUUGUAGGUAAAUUGAGGUAUAAACUAUGGAUGAACCAAAUAAUUAGUUCAAAGUGUUGUCAUGAUUCCGAAUUUGUGGAGUCUGGUGUUUUUACCAUAGAAUGUGACAGAAGUACAGUCAUAGCUCAGUAGCUAUAUGUAUUUGCCUUUAUGUUAGAAGAGACUUUCUUGAGUGACAUUUUUAAAUAGAGGAGGUAUUCACUAUGUUUUUCUGUAUCACAGCAGCAUUCCUAGUCCUUAGGCCCUCGGACAGAGUGAAAUCAUGAGUAUUUAUGAGUUCAAUAUUGUCAAAUAAGGCUACAGUAUUUGCUUUCUUGUGUGAAUGUAUUGCAUAUAAUGUUCAAGUAGAUGAUUUUACAUUUAUGGACAUAUAAAAUGUCUGAUUACUCCAUUUUAUCAGUCCUGACUGUACAAGAUUGUUGCAAUUUCAGAAUAGCAGUUUUAUAAAUUGAUUUAUCUUUUAAUCUAUAACAAGUUUUGUUAGCUGUUCAUUUCAGGAUUAUAUUUUCUACAGGUUCCAUUUGUGGGACUCCUUUUGUUGCCCCUAUUUUUUUUAAAGAAGGAAGAAAGAAAAAUAAGUAGCAGUUUAAAAAUGAGAAUGGAGAGAAAAGAAAAAGAAUGAAAAGGAAAGGCAGUAAAGAGGAAAAAAGGAAGGGUGGAAGGCAUGAAAGAAGGAAGGGAAGAAGGUAGGGAGAAAGAAAGGAUGAGAGGGAAGGAAGAAUCAGAGUGUUAGGGUAGUUAACUUACACAUUUGCAUUCUUAGUUUAACUGCAAGUGGUGUAAUUAUGUUUUACAAUGAGCACAUUUGAAACAUAAGUCCUAUUAUACCAUUGAGUUCCUAUUAUGCAGCAAUUGUAUAAUAAAAAGUAUUGCCCAAGUUAUAGUAAUGUGAGUGUUUUUGAGACACUAAGAGAUUUGAGAGAGAGAAUUUCAAACGUAAAGCCGCUUUUGGGGGGUUUAUAACUUAACUGAAAAAUUAAUGCUUCAUCAUAAUGUUUAAGCUAUAUCUAGAAAGUAGACUGGAGAACUGACAAAAUUACCCAGAUAAUUCAGGGCAAAAAAAAAACAAACAUAUAUAUAUAUAUACACACACACACAUAUAUAUAUAUAUAUACACCCCUAUGUUUGAAGUCAAAAUACUCUGAAAAACUAAAUUAUCAAAGUCAUUCAUCUACAAUGAUCAAAUUUACUGAAUAAUUGUUAAUUUAUCCAUUGUGCUUAGCUUUGUGACACAGCCAAAAGUUACCUAUUUAAUCUUUUCAAUAAAAAUUGUUUUUUGAAAUCCAGAAAUGAUUUAAAAAGAGGUCAGGUUUUUAACUAUUUAUUGAAGUAUGUGGAUGUACAGUAUUUCAAUAGAUAUGAAUAUGAAUAAAUGGUAUGCCUUAAGAUUCUUUGAAUAUGUAUUUACUUUAAAGACUGGAAAAAGCUCUUCCUGUCUUUUAGUAAAACAUCCAUAUUUCAUAACCUGAUGUAAAAUAUAUUGUACUGUUUCCAAUAGGUGAAUAUAAACUCAGUUUAUCAAUUAAAAUAUGUAUUUGACUCAUUUUAAAACUCUAUUAGUUUAAGAGAAAGAAAGAAGAAAUAAUAAUUUGAAGAUAUUUCUGCUAUUCUCUUUACUUCCUGUAUUACAUUCAUCUUUCUGCUUACUCUAAAGCAGUACAGGGUAAAAUUUUUAGAUGCUACCGUUUCAAAGGACUCCACGCUAUUUUCUUUCUUGCUGUUGCUGAUUCCUAAAAGGUUUAAUGAGCUGAACUACAUCUAAACUAAAAAUAAGUUUUCUGGAAACAUUUUAUUAUUAAUUAUUUAGAAUCUUUACUAGGUGAAAUACAGCAGAGUUAGCAACAGAGACUGAUGAUAAAAUUCUGAUGAUCUUACAGGCUAAACAACUGAAAACUCAAAUGCUUGUAAGAGCAAGGCAGAGUGUAAUUUCUUAAGACAGUUGGGUAUGAAACAAUGGGCACCUGAAGGCAUUCAGAUGCAAUUUCCUUAAAAAUACCUUGGUUUCCAAGUAAAACAUGUUAUUUGACUGAACACCUUUAGUUUGUAAAUACCGAACCGUAAUACACAAAUGAGAUCUCACGCCAAAUGAAUUCUUUAAGCCCUCUUUUCCAUAUCUGUUCCUCUAUGAUAGUCAACUGAAUAAAUGAGAACAAUGUGGUAGAUAAAACAACAAACCAUAAAAAAGAUUCAUGCUUGGUUUUAUAAGAUAUUUUGAAAUAUAGGUAUCAUUGCUAUUCUGAGAAACCCAGAUACACCAAAGCCCUCCCUCCACAAAAAAAAUGGGAAACGUUUUAAUAAAUGUCUGAUUUCCCCCA